GUGUGUGGAAAAAAUUAUCAUUAUGCUUCAUUUCAGGCUCCAUUCAAUCCAGAUAACCUUUUCUGUGAAGCAUAUAACAAACUAAACAACACCUACUGUAAGCGAGUACGAGUGAUUUGUGCUGAACACUACAAAGGUGAACUUGAAAAUGAGCUGCAGGUGUGUGCAUAUCCGAAGGCAUGGUCUGAGGGGAAAUCACUCACGUUCGCCGAGAUGUUCGAGCAUGGUCCAGAUCUUCUCAAAGAUAAAGGGUUCUGCUGUGCACCUCGUAAAGAGUGCACUCAACAUCACCGAUGGGUUCAGCUGAGUGAACUGUGA